CAUUGAGAAUAGUAUUUUUGGACACUUCUUUAAAUUGUAAAUAUGCAUUUUUUCUUACAACAGAAUCAAUAUUUAAUUUGGAGCAAAUUUCAUCGAAAAACGGUUCUUUUUCCAUAAUUUUUUGAUAGAUUUUAGCUUAUUGUAAAUAAGUUCGAGUUUAAAGAAUAUAUAAUAUUUAUUUAAAUAGAGAUUUUAAAUGAUUUUUUUUAAACAAAGCUAAUAUUUUAUGCGUGAGGCGCGAAAAUUCUAGCGUAGAUUUUUCCCUUCAAAAAUAUUUCCAUCGAAAAACUUCAAAAUUCAUUUAAUGAAUUGAAAAGUUUAUUUUAAAAUCUUAACUAAAAAACAAACUUCUUUUUAUUAAAAAUUAAAGUUUACUAAGAUAUUUAAUAAAAUUCCGAAAAAAGUUUUAAAAGUAUACAUAUACGCCUCUGUAAAAUUAAUUUCAUUAAACUAUCUCACACAUUUUGACAAAGUGACAUUUUUUUUUUGUUAAAAGUGAAACUUAUCUGAACUAUGUUCAAAUAAAAACUAAAAAUUUUUACUAUUAAUUCUUUAAAAAUAAUUUAAUCAUUGACAACGAAUAACUUAGACAUUUCGUUAGAUAGAAGAAAGUUUCUUUACAUUUGUAUCGUUACACAUAUUUUUUAAAUAUGGAUAAAUCACCUACAUAUUUAUCGGAUGCAUCUCCUUCUGGAUCAAUAGGGUCAAUUAGCUCAGCCACUGAAGCAAUUAAUGAUUUUGCCAAUUUAUCUUUAGAAGAUCAGGAAAGACAACGUGAAGAAUGGAGAACUGAAUUGCAGCGAGUUGAAGAAGAGAUUAAUACUUUAAGAACAGUGUUAAGUUCAAAAAUUUAUCAUUCAACUGAAUUAAAGCGAAAACUAGGCGUUACAGUCUGGAAGGAAAUUCAAGCAGAUGUCUCUUCUGGAAUUAAAAAUAUGCGAGAUACUAAUGUAAUUAAAAAUUCAAGGUUAUCUAAAAGUUACCAUAAAACAGAAUCAGUUUUGAAAACGACUGCUGAGAAAACAACAUCAUUAUUUUCUGGAUUUUCAACUAAGAUCAAUCAAAUGAAAAAUUCGGAAUCAUUUAAAACAUUUGAAGGAAAAGUUGGCGGGGCGUACGAAAGUGUAAAGACUAAAGUUUCAACAUCUCGAUCUGGAUCUGUGCAAAGCUUUCAUGACGUAUUAGACUCAAAUAGUAAUACCGCUGCAACAACUCCUAUUCAUGAAGAGAAGCAAGUUAUUUAAAAAAAUGUUUUAGUUAAAGUUUUUUUAUUCAAAUAAAACUGAAACAUUAAUAAAUC